UAGCACAAGCCAGCAGCAGACAAACCAUCUGUUUGGCUUUAUGUUUACGCGUCGUGUGUUUUGAUAAAUAUCAUAGUCUUUAGCGGUGUGCUAAGAUAAAUUUUUUGCAUUUGAUAAGAACAUUGCUGUAGUAGAUUCGUCUAUCGGUAUCGUUUAGUUAGCAACAAAAAUGACAUAUUUAAGUUCGUGGGAAGAAUUUGAAAAAGGUGCAGAGAGGUUAUACCUUCAAGAUCCAAUAAAAACUCGGUAUACAAUGAAAUAUUGCCAUAGUAAAGGUGUUCUAUGUUUGAAACUUACAGACAAUCGAACGUGUCUACAGUAUAAAACAGAGAUAGCACAGGACUUAAAGAAGAUGGAAAAAUUUAUAGGAAAUCUAAUGAGGCACAUGGCAUCUAAAGAAAGCUAAAAUAAAGGACUAGAUAAUAUUAGGGGCACUUUUCAUUUUUUUGUUUAAAUUAAGGAAUAUAAGUGCUGCGCAUUUGAUACACUGUUUAUGUUUCAUUUCAUGAGUUUCGAUGACCGAUGGGAUUAUAGAUAUUUAAUUUGAAUGAGGUAUAAAAAACUUUCUUAAAUAUACAAUAUGUGCAUAAAUGUC